AUGGUAGACAUCAACAUCCAAACUACAAUCUCACCCUACACCCAGAAACCAGUCUGUACGAGACCUCUCUUGUCCGAGUCAGAAUUGGACAACGUUAUAGCAGAGAGUGUCAAAGCCCACAAAAGUUGGAAGAAAGUACCUCUGGAGGAAAGAGUGGCCAUCGCGAGGAAAUGGCUGACUGAAUUCGAAAAUAUCAGUGAUGUCGCUUGCGAAGAUCUCUCAGUGCAGAUGGGAAGACCUAUCUCACAAUGUAAAGGAGAGAUCAAUGGUACCAUCUGGCGAGCUAGACAUAUGAUCGAAAUCGCCACUGAAGCUCUCGCUCCAAUCCCUCAAACUAAGCCUGAGGUUGAAGGAGUUGAGAAGUGGAUCUUGAAACAACCUCUCGGUGUCGUAGCUGUCUUAUCCCCAUGGAACUACCCUCAUCUGUGUCUCGUCAAUGCAGUCGUAGCCGCACUCUUAUCAGGAAAUGCAGUCAUCAUCAAACCCGCACCUCAAACCCCUUCACCAGCCGAGCGAUGGGUCUCGACAUGGCAAUCUGCGGGAUUACCUAACAAUUUACUCCAAGUCGUCCACCUCACUCAGGAAAGAACGUUAUCUCAAUUAUGUCAAGAUCAACGAAUCGAUUUCAUCUCUUUUACCGGUAGUGUACCUGGUGGAAGAGCUGUUCAACAAGCUGCAAGUCAAGGUAAAGGUUUCAAGGGUAUCUGUUUGGAGCUUGGUGGAAAUGAUCCUGCGUAUGUUAGGGAGGAUGCGGAUAUAAAAUGGACGGCAGAACAGGUAGUUGAUGGUGUGAUGUUCAACUCCGGUCAAUCAUGCUGCGCUAUCGAGCGAGUCUACGUGCACUCAGCAAUCUAUGAUGAGUUCGUCAAAGCUUUCGUGGAAGUAGCCAAAACAUACAAGCUUGGUGAUCCCUCAGAUACCAAGACCAACAUUGGUCCGGUAGUCAGUGUAGCUAGUGCUGCAAGAAUCAGGAAGCAGGUCAAAGAUGCUGUUGAAGCUGGAGCUCAAAUUAUGUUAGAUGAAAGUCAUUUCCCUGAAGCUAAAGAAGGCACAUCGCUGGUUGGCCCUACCGUUCUCAUCAAUGUCAACCACAGUAUGGAACUCAUGAAUGAGGAAACUUUCGGGCCUGUUGUUGGGAUCAUGAAGGUUGAAGGUGACGAUGAGGCAUUACAGCUGAUGAAUGACUCCAUCUAUGGACUUACCGCAUCAAUCUGGACCAAUCCGACUGAUCCUCAAUCAUUAGCAGCAGCUCACCACUUAUCAACGGAAUUGGAGUGCGGUACAGUCUACUUGAACAAAUGCGAUGCUCUGGACCCAUCAUUACCUUGGCACGGAUGGAAGAACUCCGGUCAAGGUGUUUCUUUAUCUCAUCUCGUCUACGAUGCCGUUACUCACAAGAAGAGUAUCAUGAAACGAGUCGAGGUCAAAGGUGUCUACGAAAAGAAGUAA